CCUGCGCGUGGAGAAAGGCGCAGCGGCCUCCGCGCCCUUCCGACCCCUGCGCUUUUCUGGGGUCCCCCGUCCGAACCCCAUCCCGACACUGAGCAGAGCAUCUCACUGCACACCUGGAUGCAGCGCCGAGGCUUCCUCCUCCUCGCCCUCCUCGCCCUGCUGGCGCUCACCUCCGCGGUGGCCAAAAAGAAAGACAAAGUGAAGAAGGGAGGCCCGGGGAGCGAGUGCGCGGAGUGGACCUGGGGUCCCUGCACCCCCAGCAGCAAGGACUGCGGCGUGGGUUUCCGCGAGGGCACCUGCGGGGCCCAGACGCAACGCAUCCGGUGCCGGGUGCCCUGUAACUGGAAGAAGGAGUUUGGAGCCGACUGCAAGUACAAGUUUGAGAGCUGGGGGGCAUGUGAUGGGGGCACAGGCACCAAAGCCCGCCAAGGCACCCUGAAGAAGGCGCGGUACAAUGCCCAGUGCCAGGAGACCAUCCGUGUGACCAAGCCCUGCACCCCCAAGACCAAAGCCAAGGCCAAAGCUUCAUUCCUGACUCACAGCAGCCCUGGAGGCCAACAGGGCAGAGGGGAAUCUGCCCACUUCUCAGCCAAGAAAGGGAAGGGAAAGGACUAACAGCCAGGCCUGGAUGCCAAGGAGCCCCUGGCUUUACUCGGAGGCCUGGCCCACGCCCUCCCUCUACCGGCCCAGGAUAUAACCCACCAGUGCCUUUUGCCUGCUCGUUAGCUUUAUCAAUCAUGCCCUGCUUCUUCCCUUUCACUUGCCCACACCCACCCCAAGUGCCCAAAGUGGGGAGGGACAAGGGAUUCUGGGCAGCUUGAGCCUCGCCCAAAGGGAUUUGAUUCCCCUGUACCCACUUUUCUUCUUCCCCCAACGAUGCCAUUACUAAGAAAUAAAUAAAUGUCUUUUUUUUUUUUUUUUUUUCCCCAAUAAAAGCUUUCUUUUAAUAUAUAAAA